GGCGUCUAUGCGCGCGCAUGACGUCACGGACGCGUCAGUCCCAACAUUAGUUGUCCGCGGAUUUUGCUGGAAAAGCGCAGUUGCUUCUUGAUGCCUUGUGGAAGUAAAACAGCUGUUUUGAAGGUUAUACUUUAAGCCUACAGUAUUUCUACAGAGCAGUUCGAAGACUUAAGAAGCUGGCAUCUGAUGUCGGGAAAGUAUAGCAGCAGCAGCAGCAGCAAGGUCUGAUGCGCUCAUCAGCAAGAGCGAAAGGUUUAUGAUAGAUCUAUGAGAGGAUUUUUCAUCAAACAAUGUCUUUGGUUCCUGUAACUCCCUAUACAUAUACACCCCUGAAUCUACUUAAGGAAGGUGCAAUUGCCAAUGUCUAUGGUGUUGUGAAAUUUUUUAAGCCUCCAUAUGUUAGCAAAGGAACUGAUUAUUGCUCAGUUGUAACAAUUGUGGACCAGACAAAUGUGAAGUUAACAUGUAUGCUCUUUAGUGGAAACUAUGAAGCCCUUCCCAUCAUUUAUAAAGUUGGAGACAUUGUUCGCUUCCACAGGCUGAAGAUCCAAGUAUAUAAAAAUGAGCUUCAGGGAAUCAACAGCUCUGGUUUUGCAUCUUUGACAUUUGAAGGAACUUUAGGGACUCCUGUUACAGCACGUACUUCAAGCAAAGUCUUUAGCUUCACUUCUCAGGACCAAAAGAUGGUAGAAGCUUUGCGGGUGUGGGCAUCCACGCACAUUUCAGCUUCUUCAUCUCUAGUGCAGCUGUGCGAUGUUCAGCCCAUGCAGUAUUAUGACCUGACCUGCCAGCUCCUGGGCAAAGCAGAAGUGGACGCAACAGCAUUUCUUCUAAAGGUGUGGGACGGAACCAGGACUGUGUUUCCUUCUUGGAGAAUCUCCACACAAGAUCUUACUUUUGAAGGUGACUUGAGUCACAUUCUGCGGCUACAGAAUCUGGUAAUAGACAUUCUAGUCUACGAUAACCAUGUUCAAGUGGCAAAAUCCAUCAAGGUUGGAAGCUUUCUUAGAAUCUAUAGCCUCCAUACAAAACUUCAGUCUGUUAAUUCAGAAACCAGCAGUUCAUUAUUAAGGCUGGAGUUUCAUCUUCAUGGAGGGACCAGUUAUGGUCGAGGCAUUAGGGUUUUGCCAGAUACAAGCUCUUGUGUGGAUCAGCUGAAAAAAGAUUUAGAAUGUGCAGAUUUGGCAGUCACUCAGCCCUCAAAUGGUAUCUGUCAAUCAAACAAUGAGGACAGCUUUGCACUUUCAAGCUCUGGAUCAGGCUCAGUAUCACUGUAUGAGGAAGAACGAUGCCAACAAGUCUCUGCUACAAUUCUUACCAAUCACCAAUAUUUAGAGAAAACACCAUUGUGUGCCAUUUUGAAGCAAAAAGCUCCUCAACAGUAUCGAGUCCGUGCCAAACUGAGAUCAUAUUUACCCAGAAGACUCUUCCAGUCUGUCAAACUUCUCUGUCCUAAAUGUCAUUCAUUGCAAGAAGUUCCACAUGAGGACAAUUUGGAUAAAAUUUUGCAAGAUGCUGCAACUGAAGCUCCAAACAUCAAGCUGCAAGCUACAUCAUUAUAUGAUUCAAAAGUCUGGACCACUGAGGGCCAGGGAGGACGGCAGGUCGCUGUUCACUUUGUGAAAAAUGAUGACAUUCUCCCCCCCUCAAGUGAAUGUCUAAUUUUGAUAGAAGGAGGAAGGCUCUGUGAAGUCUCUAAACUGUCCAGCAAGUUCCACAGUGUGAUCCCUGUGAGGUCCAGCCCUGAGGACCUGGAGCUGCUCGACCUUGCAGCCCCGUUCCUCAUACAGGGAAAGGUGCAUCACUAUGGAUGUAAACAGUGUUCAAGCUUGAAACCUAUACAAAACCUAAAUUCCAUUCUUAAUAAAGGACCAUGGAUUUCUUCCUUGGUGGCAGAAGUCCUGGGCAUUGUACCGCUGCAGUAUGUGUUUGUCAUGACUUUCACUCUGGAUGACGGAACCGGAGUGUUGGACACUUACCUCAAGGAUUCUGAGAACUUUUUCAAGAUCCCAGCAUCUGAAGUCCUCACUGAUGACAACCUUCAGAGAAGCCUGGAAAUGAUCAUGGAUACAAUAUGUCCCCCAGGAAUAAAAGUUGAUACAUACCCAUGGCUAGAAUGCCUCAUCAAGUCCUACAAUGUCACCGUUGGAACAGAACAACGAAUUUGCUACCAGAUUUCUGAUACCACGGUUGCAGAAGAUGUUGUCUAGUGCUGCAGCUCAGUGCAGUAUGUAUGGGAUUUUACAGUUUUAGAAAAGGUCAUGACUCUCUGAGAUUCCAAGAAGACCCUUUGCUAUUAUGAAAAAGUAUUAUAUCCUUUUUCACUAUAGUUUAGCUAUUGUGUACAGAAAAAUACUUUAUUGUUAUUAAUGCUGUCUUGUGAACAUGUCAGAAGUCCCUUGUUGCUCAUCAUCUUCCAGGAGGUACAAAGUGAGGCGGCUCAGGUUGGGGGAUCCAAGUUUUCUUGGCUCCCGUUUAUAAAACAUUGGGAGCUUAUUUUCCUUCUAUGCUGUUGAUGUUUUUGUACAGAAGAAUCUGCUUAGCAACUUCUGAACAAAUUCUCCCUCCAUCCACACAUACUUAUCCGGUUAACUGAGUGCUGGUUGAACAAAUGCUUGUCUCGGUGAGCCUGGCUGUACUAAAAGGAGGAUUUGCUUUCAGAAGACAUGGCGGAAUGUUUGACUUGGGGGCUCUUGUUGCCCAUUUUAGAAGGAAUGUGUCUCUGAACCAAAUAGUAUGUUUGACUUUUGACUUUUCUCUGGAAUACUAGAAGUUAUUUCAUUGCAUACCUGCUAAUAAAGUGAUGGGAUUUAUGA